CUCCCUUACGCCACCAAAACCCUCCAUAACCAAAAACCACCAUGGACGAAGAACGCCACCAAGACCUAGACGCAGAAGCAAUAGAGCCAUUCAACGAUGGCGCAGACAUCUGCCAGCAGCUCAUGGACCGUUACGCCAAGUCCUCGGCUUCGCAGCACCGCCACCUCCUCGCCACUGCCGCCGCAAUGCGCUCAAUCCUUGCCGCCGAGUCGCUUCCCCUCACUCCACCGGCUUAUUUCGCCGCCACCAUCUCCGCCAUCGACGACAUGUCGUCUUCCGCGUCCCAGAACCUGGACCCCACCGGCGUAGCGGCGCUGUUGUCUUUUCUAGCCAUGGUGCUCCCGCUGAUGCCUCCACGGAGCGUCUCGUCAGGGAAGGCGGGUGAGGCCGUAUCGAUGUUGAUUGAGCUUCUGGAGAGAGAGGAGGGGCUGGCCAUGUCCAGCGUGAGGGCUUUGAUAAAAUGUUUGGGGGUUUUGGUGAGGUUUUGUGAUUUGGAGAAUUGGGGAUCCAUCAAAUUGGGUUUGGAGACAUUGCUCAAGUUCUCCGUCGAUAGGCGACCCAAGGUCCGUAAAUGUUCCCAAGAUUGUCUUGAGAGUGUUUUUAAGUCGCUCCACUCUCGUGCUGUUAUCAAGGAGGUGAGCAAGCUGGUACUGUCUAAGCUCAAAGGUUACAUGCCUUUAGCAGUUGAAUUAAGUUCACGGACUAAAAAUGGACCUAAAAAUCUAGAGGUCCUUCACAUGCUAAAUGUGGUGAAGCUUACUGUUCCCUUUCUCUCAGCAAAAGUCAGUUCAAAACUUCUUUCAGAAAUGAAUAAGCUUGUUGGUUCACGGUUCUCAGCACUCACAAGGCACGUUCUCCAAAUUAUUGAAGCAUUAUUUAAGACCUCAAGAGUUAAUGUGAUUGUUUCAGAGACAGAGGAGGCUAUAGCUUCUCUUGCUUCAUUUGUGUCUAAGGGAGAUAAGAACCCCUUGGACACUGUCAUGUCUGCAGCAACCUUACUAAAAUCUUCUGUGUUCAUACUUCAUACUGGUGAAUCAACAUUGUGGAUUAAUAAUCUUCCUCUAGUAUGUGGUUCUGUGGCGGGUCUUUUGACUUCUGAGGCUAGCACUGCAGCACAUGCUUCAGGUAUUUUGCAAGAGCUGAUAAGCCAAUUUGUGGAUCAAAGAAGUUUGCUGGUGGCUGAAAGCCAAUGUUCUGAAGAUGGAGGACAUGAGACUAUGAAAGCAAGUGCAUUAAUAUCAAUAUGCACUAUUUUUGAGGAUGCCCUUAGCACUUGUAAAGGAUUGCCAAAUGAGCAUCUUUUGGAUGUUAUAUCUGCUCUGUUCCUCAAGCUCGGAGGAAUCUCCUAUAUCUAUAUGAAAAGUAUUCUUCUCAACCUUGCCAAUUUAAUGACCCUUGCUAGUGGGGACACAUCUAACACUGAUCAUCUUCAGAAAUGUAUUGGAACUGCAGUAAUAGCUAUGGGACCAGAGAGGAUUCUUGAACUUUUGCCCAUCUCUCUUAAUGCUAGCGACUUCACCUGUUUAAACAUUUGGUUGAUACCUAUUUUGAAGAAUUAUGUUGUUGGAGCAUCAUUGGGUUACUAUUUGGAGCAUAUCAUGCCUCUUGCGAAAUCCUUUUGUCGGGCCAGUACUAAAGUUAAAAAGUCAAUAACCAGUCAAGAUCUACAGGCUCAUGCACGUGAUCUGUUGGGAUUGCUACCUGCUUUCUGUAAUCUUCCAACUGAUAUAUGCCAAAAGUUUGGAUCUUUGGCUGAGGUUUUAGUGACAUUUCUGAAGGACUCCUUAAUGCAUGAAAAUAUUGCAGUUGCCUUGCAGGUUCUUGUGAAUCAGAACAAAAGAGUACUUGACCAAAAAGAUGGUGGUGGUGAGACAAAUUCCUAUGAUGUGAACGAAAUGUUGCCAAAGUUUGAACACAUACCCACUUAUUCAAAGAAAACUGCUACCAGAAAUAUUAGGGCUUUGACAUCAUGUUCUGCUGAGUUGCUUCAGGCACUAACAGACUUAUUUCUUGAUUCACCGCCUGGGAAGCGUUCAUAUCUAAAGGAUGCCAUAGGAUGCUUGGCUUCAGUAACUGAUUCGUCCAUUUCCAAGAAGAUUUUCGAAUCAUUGCUCGAGAAGUUCCAGUUCAAAGAUGGUGGGGAUGAAUUUGGAAAGGUGGAGAGUCAUACGGAUGCAUCAUCUGGUGAAGAACAACGCAACCUGAGUACUAGAGAGAAAGAUGCUCAGAGAUGUGUGAUAAUGGAAUUAGCAUCUUCUCUUGUUAAAGGAGCCAAGGAGGAUCUCAUCAAUCUAAUCUAUACGUUUGCUAAAGAUACUUUACAGAAUGAUGACGAGGUAGCGAAUCGUGAAGCAUACCAUGCUUUGAGCAGAAUUCUAGAGGAGCAUACUUGGUUCUGUUCUUCCCAAUUUGCUGAGUUGAUUGAUCUGUUACUUUGUUUGAGAUCUCCUGUUGAUAUCCAUUCUCUAAAGAGUCGUUUCGCUUGUUUCCAGACUUUAAUGAUUCAUACUUUGAAGGUAGACUCAGAGGUGGAAAAUUCAAAGUCGUUUCUUAUUCUCAAUGAAAUCAUAGUAACGUUAAAGGAUGCCAAGGAUGAAGCAGUUAGGGAAGCAGCGUAUGAUAUACUCCACAAAAUGAGUGUUCGCUUGAGAGACACAUCAUGUGUCAGUUCAGAUGGACCUUACCAGAAGCUAAUUAACAUGAUAAUGGGCUAUCUUUCCGGUGGAUCACCUCACAUAAAGAGUGGAGCAGUGUCUGUGCUAUCAGUGCUGAUGUAUAAGGAUACAGAUAUUUGUCUUUCGAUGCCUGAUCUUGUUCCCUCUCUUUUAUCUUUGCUGCAAGGAAAAGCUCUAGAAGUUAUAAAAGCUGUUUUGGGCUUUGUGAAAGUACUAGUAUCUUGCUUACAAGCUAGACGUCUGCAAAAUCUUCUUCCUGAUAUCGUCAAUGCAGUUCUCCCAUGGUCACCUGUCUCGAGACAUCAUUUCAAAUCAAAGGUCACAAUCAUAAUGGAGAUUCUGUUAAGGAAGUGUGGUACUGCAGCAGUUCAGUUAGUUACGCCAGAUAAAUACAAGAAUUUUGUCAAGGGUAUUUUGGAGAGCCGCCAUAACAAGAAAAGUUCCAACGAAAUUGCCACAACCGAUAUAGAUACAAGUCAUGAAGAUUCUUCAACCAAAAGGAUGGAGGAUAGAAAACGCAAGGGAUUUGGUAUGCAACCUGAAAAGAAUGGAUCAAUGGAAAAUAGAACGAGAAAAAGGGCGAAGAAACACAUGCCCAGCGACCCUAGAACGAAUGAGCUUCAUAUGUCUUCUUGGGGUGGACUGAAGCGUGCUGGGAGAGGUAGGCAAUCUGAUGGUGUAAAAUCAGUUAAGGACCAGCCAGAAAGAAGUGGAAAGACAAACAAAGAGAAUUAUAAUAAAGGGCCCAAAAGUGGUCGCAAGAGGAAGAUAGAUGAAACAAAUAUGAGCGAGGAUGCAGCUGGGAGGCAGAGACCUGGCACUAAUAGUAAUAAAUCCAUCAAAUUAUUCAAGCACAAAAAGGUUGGGAGAAAACAGUAGAUCAUUGAUUAGGGUUGUCAUUUUUGUCCGACUAAUGUAUGAUUAACAUGUGUAUGUCUAAAUUAUCCAAUAUGAGUUGGGAUGAUAUUCUUAAUAUGACAUGGUAGCAUAUAUGAAUCCCAUAUGAACAUUGGGUUCGGGUUGAAUACAAAUGUGGGGAUGACAGAGUUGUGUUAGUGUCAAAUUUUGUAUUAUAUAAUGAUAAUGCUUUUAUAUAUUUUCUUCAUUUUCA